GGCUGCCCUAGCGCGAUGAUCCUCCUCGUCCUCCUCGCGUGCCUCUCGACCGCCACCGCCACCGCCACUAAUACCACCAAAGAUGCCACUGAAAUAGAAAUAGAAACUACAACCAACUCGACCAAAGAAAUUCUGAAAGCGAGCGAAACAGCCGACCCUUCUAAAGUUGAAAUCGUCAAGCAAAUACGGCGGCUGAACGAAGAUGGCUCGUACACCAUUGGGUACGAAGCUGAUGAUGGGACCUUCAAGAUCGAGAGCAGGGAUGUUUUGGGAAAUGUGAAGGGGACUUUCGGAUACAUCGAUAAGGAUGGCGAAAUCAAACGUGUGACUUAUACUUCGUCAAGUGACAGUACGCCGGUGCCGGUGUCGACCAGCACCACCCCCAGCACGCCGACAAUGAUAGUAAGAGUGAACAAAACCGUGUCAUCGACUACUAGGAGACCUCUAGCCACGAUUGUGUAUCCUACCAGAUCCAGCUAUACCACCAAAGGCACGGUCAUUCAGCCAAUCCCCAGAAGGAGGCCGAUCUCAUCUUCUACCAGAGCCACUACGAACUAUGUUGAAACGACCACCGAAAAACAAAAGGUUGAAGAAACCACAAGCAACAUUUUGAACCUUUACAAACCAAAAUCAGAAGAAAGUGUUAAAACUAGAACUCAAAUAUUAAAACCAAUGUCGGCCACAGCGAAAGAUGAUUUAAUUACGAAACAAACGACAACGAAAGUGCCUGUAACAAUUAAGCCAGUUUACGAACACAUGUCUGAAAAAGCUGAAAGUGAUAAUAAUAAAGCCAAUACGUUUCGACGUGAGUUAAUCGGUACCAGCCCUAAUCCUCGAAUGAUUAGUCUGCAACAAUCGGUGGGUGAUGACUCAACUGACGUGUAUGGAAGCCACUUAUCUCUUGGAACUGUGCGGCCGCUAUUCACCACCACCACGCCACGGCCAAGGUUAGUGCCCAUACAUUCUUUGGUAGCCGCGAGGCAAAAGAUUCAGCAGCAGUACCAAGAUGCGUCACAUCAGGACCAAGAGACGACUGUCGAAGCUAGUACAGGUCGUGUUUUUGAUCAUGAAAACGUCGUGACUUCAAAUCCAGUGCCAGUGGUUCAUAUUCCUCCUGAGAGGGAGGUGGAUGAGCGUAUAUACCAGCAACCUAUUUAUAGAAGACCUAUCACCGCUAUCCAGUUUCGAACGAACGAGUAUUUGAAAGACAACCCCGGAGCUCCUAUACCCAUUGGAAACCAGCGGCCCUUUCUCCACUACGAAUACCAGAACAAAAUACUGGAGCCGCAGUUCUUGAAGGAAACUACACCAGCUCCACAAACGAAAGGGACCACUCCUGAACCAGUGACAGUGCCUCCUUAUGACGUGAGACCGGUGACCAGGAUAAUACCAAUUCCAGUGGAUGACAGAGGAGUACCGAUUCAUGGUUACCAGGCAAGGUUUGUCAAUCCAUACCGCCCAACUCCUCAACCAGAACCGAUUGUAUAUCAGCCACGUUAUGAACCGGUUGACGAGAUGAAUCAGAUAUCAGCGCCAGUAAGUACAAGAGAUUUGAAGAGAUUGUUACAGAUACUCAUACUUAGGCAAAAUAAACUGCAAGCUUUGAUGGACCAGUUGGUCGCUCCUGGACCUCCGUACCAGCCUUUGCCGCUUUUCAGGCAAGAGCCCCGAUACCAGUACAAUCGGUACGAAAUGUCCCGUCAGUAUCAGGAGGAUGACCGCUACGAUUACCGGUACAAUCAGCAGCAAUAUAGACAGCAAGAUGCUUAUUCCAACCAGAUGAACAACUACGAUAAUCAGCAGUAUGAGAGCCAACGGUAUAUUCCUCGGAGGAGGUUGUAUAACAGGCCAUAUGACACUACUGGUUCGUCAUCCAAUCGUAUAGAGGAGUCUCCUGAAUUCCUUCCUCCUGAGAUCCGGGAAGCGUUACUCUUGAAGAUGCUGAUGCUGGCCAUCAACCCUGACUUUAUGCCUACUCCAGUACCCCCUACCGAGCUCACCACCGCAGCACCGCCCACCAGGAAGCAGGUCAGGAACGUCCAGAUCCUGGGAGAAGAGGGAUCCAUGGAUGAAGCCAAGAGGGCGAUGCAAGGACACUGAGGUAAUUCGGUUUAAUUUAUUCAGUGCUU